AUGCGAGACUGGAGGCGGAACCGCGCACGACACCAAGCUGCCGCGCCGGACUGCUGCACGCAAGCGCAGCGCAGGACCGACCGACCUCCGUAGGCACGCACGGCGCCGGCGGCAUGGCGGAGCACCUCCUGUCGACGGCCGUGCACGACACGCUGCCGGGGAGCUACGUGCGGCCGGAGCCGGAGCGCCCGCGCCUCGCGGAGGUCGUGACCGGCGCGCGCAUCCCCGUCGUGGACCUGGGCAGCCCCGACCGCGGCGCGGUCGUGGCCGCCGUCGGCGACGCCUGCCGCUCGCACGGCUUCUUCCAGGUCGUCAACCACGGGAUACACGCCGCCCUGGUCGCGGCGGUGAUGGCCGCGGGGCGCGGCUUCUUCCGGCUGCCCCCCGAGGAGAAGGCCAAGCUCUACUCCGACGACCCCGCCAGGAAGAUCCGGCUGUCCACCAGCUUCAACGUGCGCAAGGAGACGGUGCACAACUGGCGCGACUACCUCCGCCUGCACUGCCAUCCCCUCGACGAGUUCCUGCCCGAUUGGCCGUCCAACCCGCCCGAUUUCAAGGAGACCAUGGGCACCUACUGCAAGGAGGUCCGGGAGCUCGGGUUCAGGCUGUACGCCGCGAUCUCGGAGAGCCUGGGCCUAGAGGCGAGCUACAUGAAGGAAGCGCUGGGGGAGCAGGAGCAGCACAUGGCGGUCAACUUCUACCCGCCGUGCCCGGAGCCGGAGCUCACCUACGGCCUCCCGGCGCACACCGACCCCAACGCGCUCACCAUCCUGCUCAUGGACCCGGACGUCGCCGGCCUGCAGGUGCUCCACGCCGGCCAGUGGGUCGCCGUCAACCCGCAGCCCGGCGCGCUCAUCAUCAACAUCGGCGACCAGCUGCAGGCGCUGAGCAACGGGCAGUACCGGAGCGUGUGGCACCGCGCGGUGGUGAACUCGGACCGGGAGCGCAUGUCCGUGGCGUCGUUCCUGUGCCCGUGCAACCACGUCGUGCUCGGCCCCGCGCGGAAGCUCGUCACCGAGGACACCCCGGCCGUGUACAGGAACUACACGUACGACAAGUACUACGCCAAGUUCUGGAGCAGGAACCUGGACCAGGAGCACUGCCUCGAGCUCUUCAGAACCUAGCGAAUCGGAUACGGAUGGAUGGAUACAUUACAUACGCGCCCUCUGUUUUUCUCCAUGACGUUAGAAGAACACGUUCUGCAAUGUUUGUCCAUUCAAGGUGGUAUCAAUCAAGGCUGUGGUCGUUGCAAUUCUUCCGCUCCAUAUACAUGAUUAAAUGCUUUGAAAGAAAAAGAAAAAAAAGAAACACAAGUAUUAUGGCACUACUAGUGUUUUUAGGAACAAGGAAAGAGGGGUUGCCCCUGCUGGCUAUAUAUAUUAAAUAUAAAUAAAGGUAAGGCUGUAGACAUUGGUGAAUAAGAGAAAGUAUUUGAGUUUCUCUA